AUGGCGUCUUGGGAUCCUGGGAGUUACGUUGCGGAGGCCUUGUCACGCCGCAUAAGAGCAUUUGCAAGGCAGGAAAAAUACAAUAACAUACCCUCCUAUUACGAUGCAGUUACGAGCUCUCUCCAGGCGCAUGAAGAUUCCAAAUAUGCUGACGCAGUCUUAGAGAAGCAAUUCAAGCAGAAUGUGGGGAUUGAUGUCGAUGUUUGGGGAAAGCCUUUCACCGUUGUCGUAAAUCCACGCGACGUAAGAGGUCUAUCAAAUGUAAAGAAAUCGGUGGAGACUAUUAUACAAGAGUCUCUAAAGGCUACUGAGACAAUCUCUCUGGAGCUUUCGGAUUUAAAUGGAAAAGGAGGUGUGUUUCCGGUGACUGAGGAACUCUUUGGGAUUUUAAGUCACGUUCGGGAGAUGAGCUUGUUGACUGGUAAUCGGUUUGUCCCCACCUCGGAGGGGAGAGGAUUAUCCUCAACUCUGCAUCAGGAACCAAGCGUACUGAGUGGACUGGUAAUGGCCGAUGAUUUUAAAAUUCAUUGGCCUAAAGGAAUGUCACUUGUCCUUGAUGAAUACAUGAAGGCCUGGUUCGUCGAUCAUGUUGCUGUUCGACUAAAAGCACUGAACGAGUUUCUGGGGUUCUUGGCCAGUUAUGAAGGCUUCUCGAGGGCAUUUGGUCAUCCGCGGGAGAGCGAAGUGUGGAGAAGCGGUAUACCUGGAAUCCGUGGCAAGGACAAAAAACAAUAUGUUACCAGCUUGGAACUUUAUGACGAGAAGAGUGCUAUUGUGACACAAAUUGCGCCGCAGUGCUUGGCUGACCCGUUUGGCAUGCAGUGUUCUACCGCAAUCUGCCGAACGACAACCACUGCCUACUGUCUUUCCAGAACACUUUCUGAGGGUGGAGACAAGGAAUCGGUUCUAAAGUUUGUACACGAAUGGCGCAAAAAUCACGAUCCAGAGAGCAGGCAGGCUCUAUUUUCAUUCUUGCUCAUCUACGGAGAUGGGAACUCUAUUUCGGAUUUAACUGACAACGAUGUCGGCGAAAAUGAUGCUCUCCGGCUUCAACUUCAUGACAGCAAGAUUCAGGCAUCACAGGCGCACCAACAAAUUGAAAAAAAAUGA